CGCUGCUGCUGCUGCUGCUGCGCCUGAUUGGCAGCCCUGCUAGUUCGGGGGAAGGAGCCAGGGGCGCGCUAGCGAGUCUGGCGAGCGGCGGUUGGUGAGGGACCUGCCGGCGCGAAGGGGCAGCACAAGCGGCACCAUGAACGCCAGCCACGAUGUGGUCGUGAUCGGGGGAGGCAUCUCAGGUAUGUCAGCAGCUAAGUUGUUAUUCGAAUCCGGAAUAAAUGUUGUGGUUCUAGAGGCCCGUGACAGAGUUGGUGGACGGACUUUCACAGUCAGGAACAAGCAAGUGAAAUAUGUAGAUGUUGGUGGAUCUUAUAUAGGACCAACCCAGAACCGAAUUCUGCGACUGUCUAAAGAACUUGGCAUAGAAACAUAUAAAGUGAAUGUAGCUGAAGCCUUCAUUGUGCAUACAAAUAGGAAAACAUAUCCAGUCUCUGACACUUUUCCUUCUGUAUGGAACUUUUUAGCAAACCUAGAUAUUAACAAUUUCUGGAGAACAGUGGAUAUAAUGGGAAAAGAGAUUCCCAGUGAAGCACCCUGGGAUGCACCACACGCUGAAGAGUGGGACAAAAUGACAAUGAAACAAUUAAUUGACAAACAUUGCUGGACCAAAGCUGCCAAGGAGCUUGCUACUUGCUUUGUCAAUGCCAACGUUACUUCUGAGACAUACGAAGUCUCUGCUCUCUGGUUCCUGUGGUAUGUGAAGCUGUGUGGAGGAACAGCCAGGAUCUUUUCUGUAACAAAUGGAGGACAGGAGAGGAAGUUUGUUGGGGGCUCUGGACAGAUAACAGAAAGGAUCAUGGAACAACUCAAAGACAAUGUUAAACUGGAGAGACCCGUAAUCUCUAUUGACCAGUCAGGGGAUGAUGUCAUUGUGGAGACCCUGAAUCAUGAGAUAUAUAAGUGCAAGUACGUGAUUAGUGCCAUCCCACCAGUUCUAACUACAAAGAUCCAUUUCAAGCCACAGCUGCCAACAAAAAGGAACCAGUUAAUCCAGCGCAUUCCCAUGGGCUCUGUUAUUAAAUGCAUGAUGUAUUACAAUGAAGCCUUCUGGAAAAAGCUUGGUUUCUGUGGUGGCACGCUGAUUAUGGACGAUGAGGCUCCAAUUUCAGUCACCUUAGAUGAUACUAAGCCUGAUGGAUCCGUCCCUGCCCUUAUGGGCUUUAUUCUUACAAGAAAGGCCUUUAAACUAGCAGAGCUUAGCAAAGAGGAAAGGAAGAGAAAAAUCUGUGAACUAUAUGCAAAAGUGUUUGGCUCAGAAGAAGCUUUGCACCCAGUGCAUUAUGAAGAAAAGAACUGGAGUGAAGAACAAUAUUCUGGCGGCUGCUAUACUGCCUAUUUUCCACCAGGCAUUAUGUCCCAAUAUGGAAGGGUAAUUCGUCAGCCAGCGGGUCGGAUCUACUUUGCUGGCACCGAGACAGCCACGCAGUGGAGUGGCUACAUGGACGGGGCAGUGCAGGCUGGAGAAAGAGCUGCCAGAGAGGUACUUUGCAGCAUGGGGAAGAUUUCAAAGAAUGAGAUUUGGGUACCAGAACCAGAAUCAAAGGAUGUCCCAGGUCUCCCAUUCAUGACUACAUUUUGGGAGAGAAACUUGCCAUCUGUCCCAGGACUGCUGGCCUUCCUUGGAUGUUCGGCUUUCCUCACCUCACUGGCUGCAGCUGGACUCUUUGCCUAUAAAAAGGGACUCAUCCCCCAAAAGUACAUCUGAAAGUGUUUCCAUUUUCCCUUCAUAUGGUGAAUGUUAUUUUUGGAGGGGAGUUGGUCAGACCUUCUUUGGGACACCCAAAUCAACAUUUCCAAACCAAUUUAAUCUGUGUCCUUUCACAAAGCAAGAUCAAAUGGUUGUGGAGCAGGUGGAGGCUCCAUGACUUUCCUUAAAGGCCAGUGACAUUUCCCCACUCUUAGACCUAUUUAAGAACAAACAGGAGCAGAGACUUGGCACAUUUCCCAAUGCCUUUGGGGAAAUCCCUCUUGUCUUAACUCUUUAAAAAUUGUAUGGCAAACAAAUAAAUGUUAAAGGCUUGCUCUGGUGGCUUCCAAAACCGACUAUUAUGUCAGGUGUCUGCUGUACAGACUGUAGUGCUAUUUAAAAUGGCAGCAACAAAAACCCCCUGUAAAUGUAUUUCCGGCAAUUAUAUACUGAGACAUGAAACUCCAUGUGGGCCUGAAUGAAAAGAAGUAAGUGGUGUUAAUUGCAAAAGGCAAAGUAAUAAACUCCUGGUUCUGCCUUCUGGUUCUUGACUCCUAGCUGAGCAGAGCAGAGCAAGCUGCUCCAGCUGGUCUAGGGACUGUGUGAUACAAGUUCCCAGGGAGUGAGCAACCAGAGCAAGCAAGCAUUUGGCAACAGAGUUUGGUCAGGGAGGUCAAGGGGAAGGUCCCUAAUUUUUUCUUCUUUUUCUUUCUUCCCCCUUCUUGUAACACACUCCCAUUUACUGUUAGGAAUCUGUUGUUCACCUUCAGGGAAGACAGGACAAAGCAUUGGUUGUUACAAGAGGCCCAGCAAGUUAGACUCAGAAGGGCAGCAGAAAGAAGGGACCCAGAAGACUCCCCAGUCAUGGUGGUCUGCAGGGUUGGUGCAGUGUUUCUUUUCUUGCCCAAGGUCAACAUGGCCUACUCAUGCAACAAGUGCGAGCGGGUAGCCCUGUUAGAAGAAAAGAGGACAGCACUGGAGCAGUGAGUGUCCACCCUCAGGGUAAUAAAAGGAAAUGACGAGCUCUUAGAGUCGUGAAACUACAACAGCUAAGAGUAGUGCAGAAGCUAGAAGUGCAACAGUAAGCUGAGGUAGAAGAAAGGGGAAAAUGAAGAGAAGCCCCCUAGAACUAGAAGGCACUCUGCAUCAGUGGAAGCAGUGGAACUCUCAAACCGCUUUUGUUACCCAAGGAUGAGAGGGAGGGCAGCCUGCUGGGCAAGAACUGCAAGACAUCCCGUGCAACACUGAUCGACAGGCUAAGCGUCAAGCAGGUAGUGGCAAUGAUAGCAAGGCCUGCAAGAGCAAGGAGAGAAGAGUGUUAGUUGUGGGAGACUUCCUGUUGCAUGAGAUGAAAUGCAUGUCAGAAUGGCCUAUGGACUUGUAAGGUAUGCUGUCUCCCUGGAGGACAGAUUAGUGGUCUAACUGAAAGAUUGCCAAGGUUCAUACAGCCCUCUGACAUGUCUCUUUCAUCUUUUUUCUUACAAUGAGCAUUUAUUGUGCACUUGUGAUUCCUCCCUCACAAGUAGUUUGCAGGUGCUUUGCAUGAUGUCAUCCUCCUCCAGAGCCUCUCCCAUUUGUUGGAGCCAUUAUAGCUCUUCCCCUUCCCCCCAAAUCUGGUGUUCCUGUGAAUGCUGGCAAUUCUUCAUGAACUUCCAUGAUUCUGCUAUACCACAGUGACACUUAGUGCUGAUACUCUGAAUAUGGCCUUGCCCACCCUCACCCAUUACUGAAGCACUUCUUCAAAACUGGAUUCAGCUCUUGGGCUGAAAGAUGCCAAGCAUCACUGCUACUCUUGUCACUUAUGUCCCAUCAAGUCAUCUCUAUGAAUGAAUGCUUGCCAAAAUCUCCUCUACUUCACAGCCCUGCUCAGCUCUUAGAAAUCUGAGGCUGUGGCUUCCUUUGUGGAAUCAAUCCAUCCCAUACUAGGUCUUCUUCUGCCUGCAAUUCUCUCUAGCACCGUUGUAUUUCCCUGUGAGUCUUGCCCUUGCACCAUGUGUCCAAAGUAUGACAGCUUCCGUUUUGUCAUUUUUUGCCUCCAGGAAAAGGUUUGGCCUGACCCACUUAUUCGUCUCUCUCUGUGUGUCAGUCCAGGGUAUUUGCAAAACUUUCACCCAGCACCAUGUUUCAAAUGCAUCGAUUUCCCUCCAGUCAGCUUCUAGUUUUCUAUAUUGCUGAUCAUUUUUGUUUUAUCUGAACCCGCUUCAGUGUGUUGGUGGCCUUCUGUAUAGCAGCUCUCAGAACGAGACACCGUACUUCACCUAACGUCAGACUAGUUCAGACUAACCCUCCCAUGACAGUCGACACCACCACACCCAUUCCAAACACAUUUCUUGCUGCUACUUUGAAAUAGCAGUAUGAUGCAAAAUCUUAAACUGAAGCUAGGGAAACAGAAAAUGAUUGUCAUGUAUAAUGUUGAUAACCUGUUCUGUUUUGUCAUGCAUGAAUGUCCUCCCUCUUUAUGCUCUCAAUAACCCUGUGAGGUUUGUGGUGCUAAGGAACAGUCACUAGUCCAUGUUCACGAGGAAGCAGAUAAUUUGAACCCUGUUAUCAGUCUGAAUCCGGCACUGUCGCUAUCACACCACACUGUUAAUGCCCCAUGAUAAUGUAACAAAUAGUUCUCUAGAAAGGAGAUUUAUUUCAGGGAAUCCUAUUUCGAUGGAUAAUUAGACAAAUGACACCUUGGUGCUGGAGGAAUCUGGAUCCACUUGUGCUUUUGUCCCUUCUGUUAAACCACUCUGCCUCUUUAUCUCUGUGAUUUAGUGAAAUGUGCCUUUCAGCACUCCCGAAUUGCCAUUAAAGUAUCCAUUUAAAACACUCCA